CAUGAGAGGGAGGGGAGUAAUGGCAAGGUGAAGGGAGGUAUCGAGACGACUGAAGCACUGAUAGGAGUGCCACAAGCUAGAAGGGAGUGAUCGAGAGUGGGAAGUGGAAGGGAGAAGGCAGCAUAACAGCCUGGAUAGAGUGGUGUGCGAAAAACAACUGGACCGCAGAGGACAAGAGGGAAAACGUCUGAAAAAAUGGGAGACACACAUUUGGUAAAGAGGAAUCCGGACUGCACGGGAAACCAGUAACAAGGUAGAGGGGAAGAGAAGCUCUAGAAUUAUAGUAGAAGAGAGGAUUUGUUAGUCGAUGAGGUCAGAUAGUAGAGUAUGUGACUGUUAAAACUGCUUUCUUCCCUGGGAGGAGCUGGACAACUAUGUUAUGAAUCUUGUGACGGAUGUGUGUACGUGCUUGUGUCAAAUGAAGACAGAAGAACUGUUAUUCUGAGAGUUCUCGUGCAUUAGGCAAUAUCUGCAGCAUUUUGCCUACCUGUACACUGUUUGACCUUCCUUAGUCAGCAGGAGCAGUGAGACUGCAGAGAGAAAGAAGACGGAAAGGAAGAGAGAUGAAGCAAGUGUGAAUCUACAGUAAAAUACCCUGAAAGAGAGAGAGAGCUGAAGUGGAGUUGCAGCUGAGGGAGUUGUUGCUGUGAUUGGUGUGCCUGCACCAGCCUAACAAUUGUAGACCCGUUCACCUCUGUUUGGAGCUGCUGUGCUGAUACUCUGGAUUCAGUUUUUGUCAGAUGGGAAAACUUGGACCUUUAAUCACCUACAGGCUUUUAAACAAGGCUUCUACCUGGAUAUAUGGACUGGAAAACUCUUACAAAUGACCUCAGUUUUUUGAGAAUACCUGCAUUUAGAUUUCCUGCUAAAUUAAUUUCUGAACAUUUAUAGAUAUUUCCGAAUGUUAGAGGUGUGAGUCUUCAAAAACGGAAAUGUCAGAUAAUCCUCAAGGGUGCUUUGGACCUGAUCCAAGGGGGGGAGACCCUAAGACGGGAGAGUCUAAAAUGGGAGAGGGGAUGAGAAUGGGGGAGAGAGAAGGCCCACUGAAGCUGUCACCUUUCCGUAUGCUACGAAUGUUGGAUGCAUGCCGGCCACCGGGAAAUCGGAUCGGAAUCGUCCAUGAAAAUGUGAAGAUGGGUUCGGAUGGGGAAAGUGAUCAAGCAUCUGGGACGUCAUCCGAUGAGGUUCAGAGUCCAGUGAGGGUCCGUAUGAGGAACAAUCACCAUCGGCGCAUAUCUAAUGAGGACAUAAACAAGCGGUUGUCUCUCCCUGCUGAUAUCAGACUGCCAGAGGGCUACUUGGAGAAGUUUGCCAUGAACAGCCCGCCCUUUGACAAACCCAUGAGCCGCAGACUUCGACGCGCAUCGCUGUCUGAAAUCGGCUUUGGGAAACUUGAGACGUACAUCAAGCUGGACAAGCUGGGCGAGGGAACCUACGCUACAGUGUUUAAAGGCAGAAGCAAGCUGACAGACAAUUUAGUAGCUCUGAAAGAGAUACGCCUGGAGCACGAGGAGGGCGCACCCUGCACAGCCAUAAGAGAAGUUUCUCUGCUGAAAGACUUGAAACAUGCCAAUAUUGUCACUCUUCAUGACAUCAUUCACACGGACAAGUGCCUGACUCUGGUGUUUGAGUACCUGGAAAAAGACCUCAAGCAAUACAUGGAUGACUGUGGAAGCAUCAUGAGUAUUCACAAUGUUAAGAUCUUCUUAUUCCAGCUUCUAAGAGGUCUUGCUUACUGCCAUAGAAGGAAGGUUCUCCACAGAGACCUUAAACCCCAGAAUUUGCUCAUCAAUGAAAAAGGGGAACUCAAGCUGGCAGAUUUUGGUUUGGCUCGGGCCAAGUCUGUCCCCACAAAGACGUACUCAAAUGAAGUUGUGACGUUAUGGUACCGACCCCCAGAUGUUCUCCUGGGCUCGACUGAGUACUCCACUCCGAUUGAUAUGUGGGGUGUUGGCUGCAUCUUCUAUGAAAUGAUCACAGGCAGGCCUCUUUUCCCUGGAUCGACUGUGGAGGAUGAGCUGCACCUCAUAUUUCGUAUUCUAGGUACUCCCACAGAAGCAACUUGGCCGGGAAUCACUACAAGUGAAGAGUUUAAAACAUACAAUUUCCCCCGCUACCACGCAGAACCCAUCGUCAACCAUGCACCAAGGAUAGACAGUGAUGGACUUGACUUACUCUUAAAGCUCUUACAGUUUGAAGCAAAGAAUCGAGUAUCAGCUGAAGAGGCUCUAAGACACCCGUAUUUCAAAACUCUAGGAGAGAACCUUCAGUCACUGCCUGACACUGCUUCCAUCUUCUCUGUAAAAGGCAUCCAACUACAUAAAGAUCCAGGGAAGAGGUCCUCGAUUCAUCCAGAGUCAAUGGUGGCCCAUAAGCUAGGCUCUGCACCCUCGCAGUACUUCCAGAGAGAGGCAGCCAAUCCCAGGGCUCAGAGUCACAAUCUCUCCUCCACUUCUACUGGCUGACUGGGCCCUGUCAAUCUGGCCAGGGGAAGAGCAGGAGGCAGAGUGUGUUGUUUUAGUGCUGGCGGGAUGGUGAGAUGCAGGAGACAGUGACACGUAGGGCUGUCUCAUCCAAACCAACAUUUACCAACCCCGCCACACACAGUCUAAAGGAGCGAAGCACACCUGCUACACAGUCACACACUCCUACUGGAGAAAGGAAAGAGACAUACACACCAACACUCUUUCAGUAAAUGUGAUAACAAAAACCACACAAAACUAUGGCUGAAGAAUUCUAACUUAUAGAUAAAGACUCAGUUCAACCCUAAUGAUAGAUAUUAUAAUGAAUAAGUGUAAUGCUGGAAGAAGUGGGAGGAUAUAAGGUUCUCCUUGCUGCUGCUGCUGCUACUGCUGUCCAGAAGAGGACAGUGUUAUAAUGUGAGCUGACUCGGAUUUGAAACUGAUCUUGCUGUAUCAGUCAGCUGGAAGGAAGGAGGAGUCAAAGUCAACAUGAAUCAACGGCUAAGAAAGUAAGAGGUGUCAACUCUCACUCUAUGUUCACAUUAUUGCUGUACAUAGAUAGACUAAGCUGUAGAACUCCUGCUUUUUUCAUAGCACACCUCAUCCUGAACCCAAACUCUAAUGCAUUGCACCUCGACCCUGAACUUUUGCUGAACUCCUUUAACGGUUGUUCUUUGAUUAUGUUUAUCUUAAACACACUGACUUACACUGAUGGCUCACUUGAAAAUGACGAGUGUGUUGACAGUUGGAGUUUACGGAGAGAAAUGUUUUGCACCUUAUUGCCCAGCAGAGGUCAGGGUGGCUGUUUCUGUUACCUCAUCAGUCGCUCCAGCAGGGUAGGAUGUACAUGUACACGACUGAGUAAGAAUCAUUCGAGAAACCAAAAAAAUAUGAUUUCCACUAAAAUCAUAGGACAUGCAUAAGAUGUUGUUUUUGCACUACUUGGAUACUCUACAUUUGAAAACACUCUGCGUUUCCGCAAUGCUGUAAAGAAAAACACUACACUGCAGAAUGCUGUUCUGUUUUUGUGAGAAGGAUAACACUGAAGAGGUAAAGGAAGUGUACAAUUCCUCACCUGCUGAUUCCCAGAUGCCCCACCCCUCAUCCUUUUUGCCUUGACUGAGAAGUUAUUUGUUGUCAUGUGGAGGUCUUAAUGUUGAACUGUCCUGUUUGUAUCUGAUUUUACCUCGAACUCAUAAAUAGAUCCUUCUUCUGUCAAACCUUAUGUGCUUUUUUUUUUUUUACGAUUUUACUUCUUUUUAAAAUGAAAUAAAUCUGUAUAUAUAUGAUCAUGAGAUUUACUUUUUCAGAAGAAGCAAUGAUUAUUCCAGGAUGCUGUUCUCAGUCUUAACAGUGGGUAAUUAGCUGGGGACAUGUUGCACAUUCCUUAAGCUCAGGACUUUUUGCUUGUUUUGUUUCUGUGGAUGCUGUGAGGUGCAGCUGAUGGCGUGUCUCCCCAGUAGAGCAAUUCAUGGUCCAAAGUCCUUUGCGAUGAUAGUUUAUACUGUAUGUAAAGAAUAUCCGUCUUUGCUGUCAUUCAUUUGCUGUUAAAUCAAUUUAAUAUUGUUGUUUAGAGACUACCUUACAUUUUGUUCUUUGUCGCCAUCUCUUUAAGCAUGUUUCGCUAUAAAACACAUGUUUUUAUGUUUGUAUGUGGAUUACCUGCUGCAGGAAGAGGAAUACCCCCUUUGAGCAUUGCAUGCAACAUAAUUUUAUCACAUGGUUAUUACACCAAAUAAUAUAAUAUGAACCUUAAAUACUGUACCAAUAACAACACAAUGUAAAAUACCGAUAUAAAGAGCUGACUGGAACAUGACGGGCUGUACGGUUAAUCAAAAUCAGCUAAAAUACAGUAUGUAGGCAGUCAAAUAUGCAGCGCCCUCCAUGUGUUCUGCCACCCCCUUGAAAAUGUAUCUGAAAGAUGUUUGGAAUACAGAAGAUCAUUUUAUCUUUCAAUGCAGUGGUCUAAUCUCACACAAUGUGAAAAAUAUAAAGGUAAAACUGAAUGUAAAAUUUUAAUAAAUGCGUUUUUUUUUUUUCUUUUUGCAAAAUAAUUUGAUUUAAUAUAGUAAUCAUGGUAAUCCAAGAUUAAUCCAAGAAUAUGAAUAUGAGGUGACAUAGACUUAUUUAACUUAAACAUUUUAAUGCCAAGAACAUUUCAUUUUAAAUAAGGCAAACAAAAUUACAUAUUUCAUCAGGAAAUCUACAGUUAAUGCAACAUUGGAGCAGAUUAAAGCAGCUAAAACUUCCAAAAAAAGGUAACAAGCUCAUCUAGUUUUUUUUAGUUUGAGAUUAUUUCACUGCAAUAAAAAAAAAAAGUCUUAUAAUUUCUACAUGGUUUUCACUUGGUGUGCCAAUAAGUUGGAAGGGCGCUGCAUUGUUUCUCCAUCUGUUCAGCUAUAUUGGCCAGAACUUGGACGACCAAAGUCGAUCCCUCCUGCCCCCAGCAUCAGGUGUUCAAGCACACAACUUUUUUUUUUACACACAAAUUAGCUGACAUGUCAACAUGUACUGUAUCUGUGAGGAAAGCCUGUUGGUGUAUGUGACUGCUUCUGAUGCUGACCUCGGGUCAUUUCUGCAUAUCUUUCCAUAAAAUGGAUUUAGAACAAGUCAACUGAUCCCAUGCUUCUGCAUCUAAGGACUACUUCUGUUUCCUAGAGUGUGACAGUAUGUAGCAUGUACAUAGAUGAUCCCUCACUCUGUAUAUAAAGAAAUGUACAGGUUUGAUACAGCUAUUCACAUUCUAGAUUUUUCUCCUUUUUUGCUUUUCUUUAUUAAAGGUCUUAGCAAUAUUUCUGUAAUCAAUAAAAAGCCAUGGAAACUGUUUGAUUGCAUA